UUUAUCAGAUCAUGCUGUAAAAUUUUCAUUCAGCUGAAAAUCUUUUUAUUAUAUUUUUGAUUCUUUUUUUUGUUAAUUUGUGUAAAUGUUACGAGUUUUAAUUAAUAAGUAGAUUAUCUAGUUCGAUAACGUAAACCCCAAGUUGUUUAUAUUUAUUUCCUGUGUGUGUUUUAAUCCAUUCUAAUGGAUGUUUCCGAUGUACGUACCGGGUUCACGAAACACCGCGACGAUGUGGGCAUCAAAUGUCAAAAAUUAUUUCAAGAUUUCUUAGAAGAAUUCACCGAAGAUGGCGAGAAUAAAUAUGGGAAACCGAUGGCCGAGUUGGAAAAAAUGGAACGAAACUGUCUGGAGGUGAGCUUCGACGAUGUUGAAAGAUAUAAUCAAAAUCUAGCCACAACCAUUAUCGAGGAAUACUAUCGAGUAUAUCCGUAUCUUUGCCAAGCCCUUGCUAAUGUUGUAAAGGAUAGAGCAAAAGAGAAACUGGACAAAGAAUAUUAUGUCAGUUUGGUCGACGUACCCAGUCGGCAUAAAGUUAGAGAACUGAAAAGUGUUAGAAUCGGUACUCUUAUUCGAAUAUCAGGUCAGGUUGUAAGGACUCAUCCUGUUCAUCCCGAACUAAUCAGCGGCACCUUUAUCUGCCUGGAUUGCCAAACAGUUAUUCCUGGAGUGGAGCAACAAUUCAAAUUCACAAUGCCAACAAUUUGUCGUAAUCCGGUGUGUAAUAAUCGACGUCGUUUCGAUUUGGAUAUCAAUAAGUCGGUGUUCGUUGAUUUUCAAAAAGUUAAAAUACAAGAAACUCAAGCCGAGUUGCCUCGAGGAUCCAUCCCUAGAAGUGUCGAUGUGAUCUUACGAGCUGAAAUUGUCGAAACUGUACAAGCCGGAGACCGUUACGAUUUCACUGGCACGUUGAUUGUUGUUCCUGACGUAGCUGUAAUGUCAGUUCCAGGAGCUAAAGCUGAAAUCGGCUCGCGUCACAAAAGCGGGGAUAACGUUGCCGAUGGAAUUCGUGGAUUGAAAUCACUCGGUGUACGAGAUCUCACUUAUAAAAUGGCAUUUAUGGCGUGCAGCGUCGCUCCUACGAACCCGAGAUUUUUCGGUGGUGAACUGCCUGAGGAAUUUUUAACCGCUGAGAUGAUCAAGAAACAGAUGACUGAUGCCGAAUGGAAUAAGGUGUACGAAAUGAGUCGAGAUAAAGAGCUAUAUUCUAAUUUAGUUAGCAGUUUGUUUCCGUCUAUUUAUGGAAAUGAACAGAUUAAAAAAGGUAUUAUUUUGAUGUUAUUCGGAGGCGUCCCAAAAAGAACUGUAGAAGGUACUGCCUUGAGAGGAGAUAUCAACUGUAUCAUCGUCGGCGAUCCCAGUACAGCUAAAUCACAACUACUCAAACAAGUCGCAGAACUUUGCCCCAGAUCGGUAUACACUUCUGGUAAAGCUUCGACCGCAGCUGGUCUAACUGCAGCUGUAGUGAAAGACGAAGAAUCGUCUGAUUUUGUCAUCGAAGCCGGUGCUCUGCUAUUGGCAGAUAAUGGAAUAUGUUGCAUCGACGAAUUCGAUAAAAUGGAUCUUCACGAUCAAGUAGCCAUUCACGAAGCCAUGGAACAACAAACUAUCUCUAUAGCUAAAGCUGGAGUACGAGCUUCGUUGAAUGCCAGAACAUCUAUUUUAGCUGCUGCAAAUCCAGUCGGUGGAAGGUACGAUCGAACUAGAUCAUUGCAACAAAAUGUUACCUUAUCUGCGCCGAUUAUGUCUCGUUUUGAUUUAUUUUUCGUUUUAUUGGAUGAAUGCAACGAACUCGUUGAUUACGCCAUUGCGGAAAGAAUCGUACAAUUGCACAGUAAUUUGGAAAUAAAUAUCGAUAGAGUUUAUACUCAAGAUGAAGUACUCCGAUAUAUUUUAUUCGCUAAACAAUUCAAACCCCUCAUCACACCGGAAGCCAAAACUUUAUUAGUGGACUGUUAUAAUCAACUUCGUCAACGUGACGUCCAAUCAACGACCAAAGGUACCUGGAGGAUUUCAGUACGUCAGUUAGAAUCACUGAUCCGACUUUCCGAAGCUAUGGCUAAAAUGGAGUGCUCUGAUGAUGUAAUUAAAAGACAUGUCGAAGAAGCUUUCUCUCUGUUGAAUAAAUCUAUCAUUCGAGUGGAGCAGCCGGAUAUCAAUCUAGAUGACCAACCUGACGGUCCUCUUACUACAAUCGAAGAAGAACCAAAUGAAGAAUUGGUCGAUGAUCCAGAACCGAUCGGAUCACCAUCAGGAAAUAUUCCACCAUCUCAGCAGUCUGCUGCCUCUGAACCGAAAAAGAAAUUGACUCUGUCGUUUGAGGAAUACAAGCGAUUAACUAAUUCUAUUGUUAUUUUUAUUCGUAAAGAAGAAGAGAAGCAAUCAGCAGCAUUAGAAGAAGCUGGAGGAGAUGCUACGCAAGAAUUAGAAGGCGUUCGUAGAGGAGAUGUUGUCAAUCAUUAUUUAGAAUCGAUAGGCGACCAGAUCGAAACCGAACAAGAGUUAUGUGAGAAAAAAGCAUUAAUCAACAAAAUCAUCGAAAGACUUAUGCAUCACGAUCAAAUUCUAAUCCCAUUAACGUCUCCUGAAACCGAUAGAGAUGAUGAACCAGUGGAAGGAGAAGACGAAGAAGAGGCCGAAGAAAGAAGGAAAAACAAUCAAUUGAUUGUAGUUCAUCCUAUGUAUUGCCCCGAUGUAUAAUUUUAGUGAUUAACGUGAAUAUUUAAUUAUAACUCAGAGAGUGAUUCAUCUGUCAUAUUUAUACAUCAUUUUCUAUACGUAAGUAAAUGUUAAUUGUCUGAUCCAUCUCGUAAAUUUUAACGUCGAACUUUUCCAGUGUAUUACCUACCUCGUAUUUUGUUUGUGUUUAUUUUUAGUACUUUUUUUUAAAAAAAUAAUUUAUAUUUUUUAUUUUUAAAAAAAAAUUAUUUCAUCGUGUGAUUAAAUUAAACGAAGCUAUUUUUUUA